AACAUCAGCAUCAGCAUCAGCAUCAGCAUCAGCAUCAGCAUUGUUUACCAUUUAAUCUCGUAUAUACAUACAUCACUACACAUAACCCACGCCGCCCUUCAACCCCGCACUCGCUGCGUCACCGCCCAUUGAGUACAGAGAUCUCUCGACCUGACCUCCAACCUCCUACCAAGCGCAGUCCGAAGCGCUUUCAAACCUCCUCGUGCCAGAAGUUCAUUCACGCUGAACAUUCACGUCUGCAACUGAUUCACGCAAGCCGAACGAUACAUAUAUUGCACUCCCAACGACUGGCACCAAGGUGCGAGCCUUGUCAACCUCUCCAGCAGACGACUGCCCGCCUGUCUAUAGACUGAGACCUCUCUCACCCAAUUCGAAAACACCACUAUACCAUAAUGUCACAAAGGUCACCAGUCGUCGGUGGCAGUUCCGAGUGGACAGAGUCACCACGACUUGUGCCUUCCACCGCCCAGGAUGGAUCAGUGACCCCAGGAAUCCUCCCGGCAACAUAUUCGGCAGCCCCUGGGUCAUCGUACUUCCCAGCUGUGGAUAGCAGCCGCUUAGCAACUCCGUCUCCAUCGGCCCAGCUGGCUGAUCCGUCCCCUCAACCCUCAGCUCUCAAGAAUGAAGUCCCGCAGAGAAAGGCCUCGCUGACGGACAUCGACCCGAGGUCGGCCUUUCCCUCUCUUGAACUUACCGGCUCGGUCAUAUCAGCCGCAUUCUGUGUCCCUUAUUCUCUGAAGUACCAAAAGGGUUCCGACUGGGAUCUGAAGCAACGCCAUGGCACUUCUGCCCUAUUCGAGUCAUUCGCAUACCUCUCAUCGAACGAAACACCUUGGAACCACACCUUAGUUGGAUGGACGGGAGAGAUUGAGCAAUCUGACGAAUUAUCACCACCCACCACCCCUCCGGCAACAACAACCUCUACAAGGGUUCCCCCUCUGAAUAAAGCAUCUGCUCCCAUACCUUUAGACGAUAAUAGGCCAGUUACUCCUCCCCCAACCGAAGGGUUGUGGAUAGGCAAGGACGACCGAGCCCGGUUAGAGUGGCAGCUUGCCCAUGACAGCCGCGGAAAGACCGUACCAGUCUGGUUAUAUGAUGACAUAGACGCUUCUUCCGAUGGGGACUUGCUCCUGAAGGAUCAGCGCCGCUGGCGCCGCUUUGCACAGAAUGAGCUCUACCCUCUCUUCCACUACAAGCAACAUGUUCCCUCAGAUGGCAGGGCAGAACGCAAAUCGUGGAAGGACUACCAACGGUUGAAUGAGAGAUUUGCCGCCAAGAUCCUCGAAAUCUACAAGCCGGGAGACAUCGUAAUGAUUCACGACUUCCACCUACUUUUGGUGCCAGCUAUACUGCGCCGAAAGAUUCCCCACAUGCACAUUUCAUUCUUCCUACACAUUCCUUUCCCCAGUAGCGAGUUCUUGCGGUGCUUGCCGCGUCGAAACGAGGUUCUUCUUGGUAUGCUCGGCGCGAAUAUGCUCGGGUUUCAGUCAUUUAGCUACUCCAGGCAUUUCGUUUCUUGCUGCACCAGAGUUCUUGGUUUGCCGUCAGAUAUUGCUGGCGUGGAGGCACAUGGCUCUAAGGUGUCGGUUGGAGUAUUCCCCAUCGGCAUUGACGCAGCUGGGGUCGAGAAACUUGCAUUUGGGCGACCCGAAAUUGAGAAGAACUUCUUGGGACUCAACACGCUAUACCAAGGAAAGAAGAUCAUCGUUGGCCGAGAUCGCCUGGAUAGCGUCCGAGGUGUUGCUCAGAAGCUUAUGGCCUUUGAACGGUUCCUCGAGGAAUACCCUGAGUGGCGCGACCUGGUCGUUCUAAUCCAAGUUACGAGCCCCACUAGCAUUGAGGAAGAGAGGCAAGACUCUGAAAACAAGGUCACGAUCAAGGUUUCAGAGCUUGUGGCUAAGAUUAAUGGCCUCUACGGGUCUCUCGGCUUCUCUCCGGUUCAGCACUACCCUCAAUAUCUCUCACAAGAUGAGUACCUAGCGCUUCUCAGAGCGGCAGAUAUCGGCCUGAUUACCAGUGUACGAGACGGUAUGAACACGACUAGCUUGGAAUAUGUCGUCUGUCAAAGGGACAACCACGGCCCCGUCAUAUUGUCUGAAUUCUCCGGCACAGCGGGAAGUCUGAAGGAGGCGAUCCAUAUCAACCCGUGGGAUUUGACUGGAGUCGCUGAUGCUAUAAACAAUGCUUUGACGAUGUCACCUGAGAAGAAGAAGGAGACGCACGAAGACCUCUACAAGCACGUCACGACACAUAAUGUCCAGGCAUGGACUACUGGCUACAUCAAAAGACUCCUCACUGUCUUGUCGUCGCACAGUACUUCUGUUACUACCCCCAUUCUGGACAGAGAGAAGAUGCUUGCGCAGUUUACCAAGGCCAAAAAGCGACUGUUUAUGAUUGAUUACGACGGCACCCUGACCCCCAUUGUCAAGGAUCCCGCAGCUGCAACGCCUAGCGAGCUUCUGAUCACAACCCUCCACACCUUAGCUGCUGAUACCCGGAACGAGAUCUGGAUUAUUAGUGGCAGAGACCAAGAGUUCUUAACUGAGCACCUUGGUGAUAUCCCUGGAGUCGGUUUCAGCGCUGAACAUGGCAGCUUCAUGCGUCCUCCGGGAAGCGACACCUGGGAGAACUUGGCUGAGACGACGGAUAUGGGAUGGCAGAAGGAAGUCAUUGAUGUUUUCCAGAAAUAUACUGAAAGGACACAAGGCUCCUUUAUUGAGCGCAAGCGCUGCGCUCUAACAUGGCAUUACCGCCGGGCAGACCAAGAACUCGCCGCAUACAUGGCACGCGAAUGUCAGACCGAACUUGAACAGACUGUAGCCAAGAAAUGGGACGUUGAAGUCAUGACUGGCAAAAUGAAUCUUGAAGUCCGACCAACAUUCAUCAACAAGGGCGAGAUCGUGAAGCGCCUUAUCUCCAACCACACCACUAAGGACGGGGUGCCUACAGGCGGGGAGGCCCCAGAAUUUUUGAUCAGCCUGGGCGAUGACUUCACAGAUGAGGAUAUGUUCAGAGCACUUAAUGCCAGCGGGGUUCCCGAGGAGACCAUGUUCACAGUUACGGUCGGGUCAAGCAGCCGGAUGACGCUGGCGCAUUGGCAUCUCCCCGAGCCGGCUGAUGUGAUUCACAGCCUGGCCACUCUCGCGGGCUUGAAACAACCGAGUGAGCCACUUCCAUGCAACACUCUGUGGAAUACGCUCGCGGGCAAGUUGUGAGAGUUUUGCUUUGCGGCAUUUGGAUACGGAUGGAGGCAAAAGGGUCAUGAGCAUUUGCAUUUUAGAUUUUUUAAAGUUUUACGCCUGUGCUUGCACUGCACGCAUGAGUAUAUGAGAUAGAUAUCAUGAUAUAACUAAAUAUAAGCAACAAACGCCUUAGGCGGCCAUGCG